CAAUCCUGCUCAGGACGACCGAUUAGAGUCCGACUGUGAAGUUUUUUGAUUCCCUCAAAAAGUAAAAAGUCACCAUCAUCCUCAUCAGUAUAGGCUUGAAGUUUAAAUCCAUGCACAGCAACCUCUUUAAAGCGUGCAUGUGAGUGCGCGCCGCUGCUGCAGAGCGGGGAGGAGAGAUUAGACUAUAGUUUAGAGAGAGGGACGCACAGGGACGAGCUUUUUGCAAGGACUUUUUCCAACCCUUGUUCAUCCAUGUGCAGCGCAAACAGACUGAUGCAUGCGGAAAAGUGACAUGCACACGGACGUGGCUGCGCAGAGGAGGUUGUGCAGCAGCUGCGGAGUCCUCGCUCAUCCAAAUCCUGCAGGUUCAGCACUGAGGAAACAUGAAGUCCAGGAGUCAGGAUCAGAGUCUGGCAGACUCCAGAGAGCUGGACAGAUCCUAUGACCCGCUCACCGGUAAUCCUCCAUCCAAACCCAAUAAAAAGACUAUAAAGCAGCGAUUCCUGAAACUGCUGCCCUGCUGUCAGUCUGCCUCCAGUCCAUCCAUCUCUCAAAGAAGCAUAAGUGACGAGGGGGAACUGUCGACAGUGUGUUACAGACCCGAGGGGCUCGACCACCUCGUUCAGCAAACCAAAUUCAGCAAGAAGGAGCUGCAAGUCCUCUACCGAGGAUUCAAAAAUGAAUGUCCGAGUUGCAUUGUGAAUGAGGAGACGUUCAAAAGCAUCUACUCCCAGUUCUUCCCUCAGGGAGAUUCAAGUAUGUACGCACAUUUCCUGUUUGAGGCAUUUGACACUCACAACAACGGCUCCGUCAGCUUUGAGGACUUUGUUGUCAGUCUGUCCAUCAUCCUGAGAGGCUCCAUCACGGAUAAACUCAGCUGGGCCUUUAAUCUCUACGAUCUCAACAAGGACGGCUGUAUCACCAGAGAGGAGAUGACAGAUAUAAUGCAUUCCAUCUAUGAUAUGAUGGGGAAGUACACUCACCCCAGCAUGAAGGACACUGCUCCAAAGGAGCACGUUGACAGCUUCUUCCAGAAAAUGGACAAAAACAAUGAUGGAGUGGUCACCAUUGAUGAAUUUUUGGACAUGUGUCAGAAGGAUGAGAACAUCAUACAGUCCAUGCACUUGUUUGAUAAUGUGAUCUGAACGCCAGCAGACUGAAGGCCACGGAUGUCUGGAGAUCUGCAGUUCCACGGUUCCCAGCCGGAGUGUGUGGGGCUCCUGAGCCUCAGGUGUAGGAUUCCCAUGAUGUCCACCUGAAGAUUACUACUCCCCAUUUUUAUAAAUCUGUUUUAGUGAACAGGCUGAGCAAAUCUUACUUCUGUAUGAUGUGAAAUUUUAGAUUUUUGUUCACAGUUUAAGAAGUUGAAGGUUAAUUCAUGAAGCUGGAGUUGGGAGAUCUUCACUAAUGUCAUGCAUUUCUUUGUGUAGAUGAUACUAUUGAAAGUGAAUGCGUAGCAGCACAAGACAAACUGAAUAAUACUCAAAACAUUGUAAAGCACACUUUCUAAAAUCAGACAAUGAUAGUGGAGGGCUCCAAAAUACAAUGAAGCAAUAAUCGUGCUCGCUGUUCUUGUGAAGGUCACCACUCACAUUAUAUAAUGUAUACUGUGUCUGCAUGAAUUCAUCUCGACUCCCCACUGGAAUAUUAAGUGAGAUUGGUACGGUGAUAUAUUUUGUAACUGUACACAAUGAUGACGAGAAGAUCAAAAAACACAGAUGCUAUGCAAAAGCAUGACGUUAAGGUGCUCCAACACAUCUGGAUGGAAUUUAAAGACAUGUUUUCUUUUACUCGAGUGGAUAAUGAGUCAUUAUUUUCUAGAGCACAUAUGUAAACUGGGAGUUGCUCUAACCCAGAGUUGGGGUGACAGAAAUGCUGAUCAUGUCUCGUCUUUACUCCUCAAUUAAGAUUUUACCAACAUCAGUGUCAUUGAGUUUAUUUCAAGUGAGGAUAACAUUUACAAUUUUAAAAACAGUUCAGCCGUAUCUGUUGGGUGUAUGCUGUAAUCCAUUUUCUAUACAUAAUAUACAUUUUAUGAGCUUCACAAGAAUCUGUUUAAUGAUCUGUUGAAGACUAAUAUUAGAUCUUUGUAUGUAGAAGGAUCAGAACAAGGAAUAAAAUGUUUAAUUACUUCACAGGAGCCCCUGUGACUGUAAAGUACAACAAUUCUGACCUAUAAGCAAAUAAACA